AGAGUUGCUGCAAAUGGAUGAGUCAUGGAGGAUGCGCAUGGGGUUAAUGCCGGGUCUCCCUCGACGGCGGUCCAUGGAGGAUAGGUCGUCUUCCCGUUCUAGGCGAUCCAUCUUCUCCGGCGGCGGCAGCGGAUGCGAAUCGGAAAACUUAGACCCGGAAGACUUCGCUGACGUCUUUGGAGGUCCACCGAGAAGCCUCCUGGCACACAAAUUCCCGAGGUCCAGUUCAUUCUACGAGGAGAUUUUCCGUCCGCCGGAAUUCCUUUCUCCGGCGAGUAAAGGUGGAAGAAACCUGCCGGUCUUCAGGAUCCCGACGAAGAACGAGGGAUUUUACAGCGAUAUCUUCGGGUCGGACGAUGACCGGAAAUCGAGAGAAAGAUCAGGAUCGCACUCAAAGGCAAAGUCGAACUCAUCCUCGGUACUGAGUUCGGAGGAGCUAAGCCCAGCCCGGCCAGCGAUCGGCGAUGACGUGGCAUUGUCCGUCUUUGCUUCGAAGCUCAGGCCUAUUAAUGUCCCAUGUAGAUGGAACUCAUUCACCACGAUGCCUGAGGAACACUUGAAUAAAGAAGGGAGGCCAAUUUUUCCAAGUAACAGUCAACUAUUUGAAGUUCAAUAUCAGGAUCAUGAGUACAAGGACAACUUCAGAAGCUCCCAUUUAGGAUUCUCAAAGAGAGUCUCAUCCCCAGAAACCAUUAGCCUUGAAACCAAUUCAUAUCAGACUAUCAAAGUAUCCGUUGAUGACUGGGAGCUAAAUUCACCAUUUUCUGCUGUCUCUUCACUUUGUCAAGAAUCUGAGCUGGCAAAAUCUGCAGUUCAGCAUCACGUGCAUCCGGAACAAAUUAUAGAACAGGAUUUCGAUGAUGAUGAUGAUGAUGAAGUUAUGAGCUCUUAUGUCAUAGAGGUAAACCCUAGCCUGAAAGAGGAAGAUAGUGGAUCUACAGCCAUUGAUGAAGCAAUUGCAUGGGCCAAAGAGAAGUUCCAAACGCGAAGUUCUGAUGAAGAUUCAAACAUGAGAAAUAAUGGUGAUGAGCGAGGCGCUGGAACAAAAGGGGAUCAACCUGAUGCAAGUGAUUACCAUGAUGAAGCAACUGCAACAAUUCAAUCCCUGAAGAAGCCACAGGUGGAAACAGAGAAGUUGGACGGAGAUAUAAGAUCGUGGUCAUCAGGCAAGGAAACUGACAUCCGGCUACUUCUUUCAACAUUACAUUACAUUCUAUGGCCCGAGAGCGGCUGGUGCGCUAUUCCUCUCAUGAACCUGAUAGAAAGCUCACAGGUGAAGAAGGCUUAUCAAAAAGCAAGAUUAUGUCUCCACCCGGACAAACUUCAGCAGCGAGGAGCAACCCAGAAACACAAGUAUAUAGCAGAGAAGGCUUUCUCCAUUCUUCAGGAUGCAUGGGCUGCAUUCGUUUCUGAAGAUGUUUCUUUUUAACUAGAGGAUGACUCUUAGUUCCUGAGAAUAUCAAGUCGUACACGUAUAUGAGAAAGAAACAUUUUAUGAUUGAAGUGUUUGUUACGCGCAGAAAAUACACAUAAAAAAAAAUGAAGAUAGAAGCUCCUUUGUACAAAUAGUUGACAGGUUGAUCUACUGUUUUGUUUGGUUAUGAUUGUAUCAUAAGUUGUUUGAGGCUCUUGUAAGUAAUAUUUUGAAAGUAGUUAAGAAGGCAUUUGAUUGCUUUUUCACUCUUAGUGUUUGACUUGUAUAUCAUGACAUGGAAACAAGGAAUUAUUAAUUUAUUUACUUGUAUCCUUAAUUUUUUU